CGGGACGCGUAGCAGUGGCGGCUCUGCGGCCCGGGGCCCCGGGCGGGCGGAGGUGGCGGCUCCCGGGACCGGCCGCGCGCAAUGAUGUUGUCCACUGGACAUGUACUGGCCAAGGAGGCAGGUUUGAGAACAUAGCUGAAGCUGAAAAUAGGAAAACUGGGGGCAAGGAAGAGCCUUGAAUCUUGAGGUGGGACGUUGACUCUAAGAUGUCCUUGAGCAGUGGAGCCUCCGGAGGGAAAGGAGUGGAUGCAAACCCGGUUGAGACAUACGACAGUGGGGAUGAAUGGGACAUUGGAGUAGGGAAUCUCAUCAUUGACCUGGACGCCGAUCUGGAAAAGGACCAGCAGAAACUGGAAAUGUCAGGCUCAAAGGAGGUGGGGAUACCAGCUCCCAACGCUGUGGCCACACUACCAGACAACAUCAAGUUUGUGACCCCAGUGCCAGGUCCUCAAGGGAAGGAAGGCAAAUCAAAAUCCAAAAGGAAUAAGAGUGGCAAAGACACUAGUAAGCCCACUCCAGGGACUUCCUUGUUCUCUCCAAGUGAGGGAGCAGCAAACAAGAAAGAAGUGCAGGGUCGCUCGGGAGAUGGCACCAGUGCAGGAGGCCUGGUUGCUGCUAUUGGCCCCAAGGGCUCAGAGAAGGCUGCUAAGGCAUCACGCAGUGUAGCUGGCUCCAAAAAGGAAAAAGAGAACAGCUCAUCUAAGAGCAAGAAGGAGAGAAGUGAAGGAGUGGGGACUUGUUCGGAAAAGGAUCCUGGGGUCCUCCAGCCAGUUCCCUUGGGAGGACGGGGUGGUCAGUAUGACGGAAGUACAGGGAUGGAUACAGGAACCGUGGAGCCACUUGGGAGUAUAGCUAUUGAACCUGGGGCAGCACUCAAUCCUUUGGGAACUAAGCCGGAGCCAGAGGAAGGGGAGAAUGAGUGUCGGCCUCUAAAGAAAGUCAAGUCUGAAAAGAUGGAGUCCCCCGUCUCCACCCCAGCGGUGCUGCCACUGCAUCUUUUAGUGCCAGUGGUCAAUAAUGACAUCUCAUCUCCCUGUGAGCAGAUUAUGGUCCGUACCCGAUCGGUGGGAGUCAACACUUGUGAUGUGGCUCUAGCUACAGAGCCUGAAUGCUUAGGCCCCUGUGAACCUGGAACCAGUGUCAACCUUGAAGGCAUCGUGUGGCAGGAAACCGAAGACGGGAUGUUGGUAGUAAAUGUGACAUGGAGGAACAAGACAUAUGUCGGUACACUUCUUGACUGCACAAGGCAUGAUUGGGCACCCCCAAGGUUCUGUGACUCUCCCACCAGUGACUUAGAAAUGCGCAAUGGUCGAGGAAGAGGCAAACGCAUGCGUCCCAACAGUAACACGCCUGUCAAUGAGACAGCCACAGCCUCUGAGGGCAAAGGAACCAGCAACAACAGCAAAACCCGAGCAGGAGCCAACAGCAAAGGCCGUCGAGGCAGCCAGACCUCUUCAGAGCAUCGCCCACCUGCCAGUAGCACCUCUGAGGAUGUCAAGGCCAGCCCUUCCUCAGCUAAUAAGCGGAAAAACAAACCUCUUUCAGAUAUGGAGCUGAAUUCUAGCUCAGAGGACUCCAAAGGGAGCAAGCGUGUUCGCACAAAUUCCAUGGGCUCAGCCACCGGGCCCCUACCCGGGACCAAGGUGGAACCCAAUGUCGUGGACAGAAAUUGUCCCUCUCCGGUCCUGAUUGACUGUCCCCACCCAAACUGCAACAAAAAGUACAAGCACAUUAAUGGACUUAAGUACCACCAAGCUCAUGCCCACACGGAUGAUGACAGCAAACCAGAAGCUGAUGGAGACAGUGAGUACGGAGAAGAGCCCACCCUCCAUGCAGACCUCAGCAGCUGCAAUGGGGCAUCUGUUUCACAGAAAGGAUCCUUGUCCCCUGCCCGCUCAGCUACCCCCAAAGUUCGACUUGUUGAGCCUCAUAGCCCUUCACCUUCAAGCAAAUUCAGCACAAAAGGCCUCUGUAAGAAAAAAAUGAGUGGGGAGGGAGACACAGACCUUGGGGCCUUAUCCAAUGAUGGCUCUGACGAUGGACCCUCUGUAAUGGAUGAAACAAGCAACGAUGCCUUUGACUCUUUGGAAAGGAAGUGUAUAGAAAAAGAAAAAUGUAAAAAGACCUCCAGUUUGAAACCUGAAAAGAUUCCAUCCAAGAGCUUAAAAUCAGCCCGGCCCAUUGCCCCUGCUAUACCCCCCUCACAACAGAUCUACACCUUCCAGACAGCCACCUUUACCGCAGCAAGCCCAGGCUCCUCCUCGGGUUUGACCACCACAGUGGUCCAAGCAAUGCCCAACAGUCCCCAACUCAAGCCCAUUCAGCCCAAGCCCACUGUUAUGGGAGAACCUUUCACAGUCAACCCUGCCUUGACCCCUGCCAAGGACAAGAAAAAGAAAGACAAAAAAAAGAAGGAAUCAUCAAAGGAACUUGAAAGUCCUCUGACCCCUGGGAAGGUGUGCCGAGCAGAAGAAGGUAAAAGCCCAUUCAGAGAAUCAUCAGGAGAUGGAAUAAAAAUGGAGGGGCUUCUGAAUGGUUCCUCAGACUCCCACCAAAGCCGGUUAGCAAGCAUCAAGGCUGAAGCUGAUAAGAUUUACAGUUUUACAGACAAUGCUCCCAGCCCUUCAAUUGGAGGCAGCAGCCGCCUAGAUAGUACUACCCCAACCCAACCCUUAACUCCCCUACACGUAGUCACCCAGAAUGGUGCUGAAGCCAGUUCAGUAAAAACUAAUAGUCCUGCCUACUCUGAUAUCUCUGAUGCUGGGGAGGAUGGGGAGGGCAAGGUAGACAGUGUCAAGUCUAAGGACCCUGAACAGCUGGUUAAAGAAGGGGCUAAGAAAACACUUUUUCCCCCUCAGCCACAGAGCAAAGACUCACCAUAUUAUCAAGGCUUUGAAAGUUACUAUUCUCCAGGUUAUGCACAGUCAAGCCCAGGGGCUCUCAACUCAAGCAGCCAGUCAGGAAUAGAGGGCCAGGCUCUAAAGACAAAAAAGGAUGAGGAGCCCGAGAGCAUAGAAGGGAAAGUGAAGAAUGAUGUCUGUGAGGAAAAGAAACCUGAGCUGAGCAGUUCCAGUCAGCAGCCCUCGGUCAUCCAGCAAAGACCCAACAUGUACAUGCAGUCCCUGUACUAUAACCAAUAUGCCUACGUGCCUCCAUAUGGCUACAGCGACCAGAGCUACCACACCCACCUCCUGAGCACCAGCACAGCUUAUCGACAGCAGUAUGAAGAACAGCAGAAGCGCCAGAGCUUGGAGCAGCAGCAGCAGCGGGGACUGGACAAGAAGACAGAGAUGGGCCUGAAAGAGCGGGACACAUCACUCAAGGAAGAGUGGAAGCAAAAGCCAUCGAUUCCACCAACUCUCACCAAGGCUCCCAGCCUGACAGACCUGGUGAAGUCAGGGCCAGGCAAGGCCAAGGAGCCAGGGGCUGAUCCUGCCAAGUCUGUCAUCAUUCCCAAAUUAGAUGACUCAUCAAAACUCCCCUGCCAGGCCCCUGAAGGCCUUAAAGGGAAGCUGGGUGAGGCCAGCCACCUAGGCAAGGAAUCCUCUGAGGCUAAGACAGGCACUGAGUGUGGCCGACAGGCAGAGGUGGAUCCAAUACUCUGGUACCGACAGGAGACAGAGCCCCGGAUGUGGACAUAUGUUUAUCCUGCCAAAUACUCAGACAUCAAGUCAGAGGAUGAUCGGUGGAAAGAGGAGCGGGACCGAAAAUUAAAGGAGGAAAGGAGUCGGAGUAAGGACUCUGUUCCCAAGGAAGAUGGGAAAGAAAGCACAAGUACUGACUGCAAGCUACCCGCAUCUGAGGAGUCCCGCCUUGGGAGCAAGGAGCCCCGGCCAAGUGUCCAUGUGCCUGUAUCCUCCCCGCUCACCCAGCACCAGUCCUACAUCCCUUACAUGCAUGGCUACUCUUACAGCCAGUCGUAUGAUCCCAACCACCCCAGCUAUCGGGGCAUGCCUGCUGUGAUGAUGCAGAACUACCCAGGUUCCUAUUUGCCUUCCAGCUACUCUUUCUCCCCCUAUGGCAGCAAGGUCUCAGGUGGCGAGGAUGCUGACAAGGCACGUGCCAGCCCCAACGUGAGCUGUAAAGCCAGCUCAGAGUCCAAAGCCCUGGACAUCUUGCAACAACAUGCCAGUCACUACAAAAGCAAGUCUCCCACGAUAAGUGAUAAAAAUUCUCAGGAGAGAGAUCGGGGAGGCUGUGGGGUAGUUGGGGGUGGUGGCAGCUGUAGCAGUGUUGGGGGAACAGGAGGUGGUGACAGGAGUGUCGACCGGCCCCGCACUUCCCCUUCCCAGCGCCUGAUGUCCACACACCACCACCACCAUCACUUGGGCUACUCCUUGCUCCCAGCACAGUACAACCUACCCUAUGCUGCAGGGCUUUCUUCUACAGCCAUUGUUGCCAGCCAGCAAGGCUCAACUCCCUCACUCUACCCGCCCCCCAGGAGGUGAGAAUGAACACCAAGUGCCCAGAUGAAGUCAGCUUCGUGGGCCAAACUGGCUCAUUAGAGGUGGUGCUGGAGGUGCCAUUUUACCAUCAGUUACACGGUGUUGAUCAUCCAGUUUGCCAUUCCUACCGUGACUGAAGGCCUCACCUCCCCAACCCUUCCUCUUCCUCAGGAGCUGAAGAACUGGUACUUUACAAAAAUAUUUAUUCUCUCAGCCACAGCUAUGACUGUUGUGGCAUCUGUGGAGAUGAAGGCAUAGGAGCAACCGAGGGAACCCAGCCUCAUCCCAGAGAAGUUACUGCUCUGUUAACCUAGCCCCUAGUCUACUGCCAGAGCAGUACCUUAAAGCAUACCUGGGAGGGACCCCAAGCAUGGGGUAAGGUCUGAAGACAGCACAGCAGCCAUACCCCUUCUCACUGUCAUUACCACCGUCAACAAGAUUCCACAUCUCCUCAGUGGUUUGGACCCUGGGAACUGGCAGCACGUGGAGAAAUUAGAAUCUCAGGAAGAAGUUGGGGGCUGUUUUCCCUGUAAUUGUGAAGACAAGGUCUUCAAGCAUGGAUACAUCCCUCUAAUGUGAGCACAGAUAAACGCUCAGAGCCUAACCUGUAAAGGGAGAGUAAGGCAUUGCCCCACCAGAGCCUUGUGCUCCUGUUAGGAAGAAGGUAGUGGUUCUAGCACCAGCACAGGGUUCCCUGGGGAUACUGGGAGGAGCUGGAGCAUAAAUGGAGUCUGUGAAAUUGAACCUGUUUCCUCACCAAAAUUCCUGCUGCUUUUCAUCUCUCAACUCCUUGCCCUUUCUCUUUCUUUUUAACCCCUUGGUGCCUUUCCCAGGGGGGAAAUCCCCAUACUGACCUCACCUCUUCUACUGCUUGGCUCUUACAACUCAGGCAGAAUAGACUUCCUCCCAGCACGGGUAACUUUGGAGUCUGCCACAUCACUUUAGGGCACGAACUGUAGGCAGGCUGUAAGAACACUAAGCAGUUCUUGGAGACAUUCAGUCAUGUGUCUUUCUCAUUUAGGGUCACAAUUGUAUACAGCCCAGUUCCUCUGUCUACAAGUACAUGAUUGUGUAGUUCCCUCUGUAACUCCAUGUGUGCCAAUAUGAGGCAUGUGUUUGUAACACAUGUUUUUGUUUUAGGGGCCACUGGCCAAGGGCAGUGAUUUGCUCCUUAGACCCUGAAAUAGCAUAUUGAAGCAUUAUACACCCAAGCCAGAGUAGACUCGAUGGAUGAGGCUUUGUGGUGCAGACAUUUCUCUGUUCUCCUGAGCUGCAAAGUUGUGUGCUCGGAAAGUGAUAACAGCUUUAUUGGAGUCACUUCUUCCCAAGAUGUAGGAUGAUUUUUAGCUCUCUGCUAUUGCAGAGUAUCAUCCCCUUGUACUCUCCCCUUCUGUCUUUACCCUCUGGACUGCAAGAGAGAGAGAUCCACAGAUACCAGCCUAGGCUAACAGAGCUUGUGACAAGAAUGACAGUUGGAAAGCAGGAAGGUAGAUGGCUUGACUUCUUUGGGAGAGUGAGGUGGUGGGAGACAGUAAGCACAACGCCCAGGAGUAGGUGGUUCCCAAGGACCCAUGAGCCCUCCCUGUACAUAGACAAGCUUAGGGUUGUUAGUACCUCUGACAUACAAACCUUUCCUGUGUACAGGUCUUUAUUUUUGUUUAAGUUGGGUUCUGGGCACUUGAAAAUCCUUUUGUUUUAGACCUGUUGAGAGGACCCCAAGCAGCCCCUUCCCUUGCCAUCAUUGUUCCCUGUGCCACAUGUUGUGGCAUCCUACCUAACCCAUUACCCUUACUAAGAGGGUGACUGAUUAUGCCUCCUCCAGAACUCCAGUAAGUAGAGCCAGGUGCCCAUCUGGUCCUGUUUGUUUUUUAAAUAUUGUUGUGUUUUGUAUGUAUCUGUGGCACUGGCCUGCGAUGUUCUCUGUACAUAUUGUAAAGAAACCAUUGGAGCAGUUUUCUUUUUCAUUGGGUAGGCAUGGUCCACAUUCCUAUCUUUUCCACUUCCUUUUAUAACAGGAGGUACGUCUGUAUUUGCAAUACAGCCUUACAUUCUGCAGAAGGGAACAGCUUGCUUGCUCUCACUCUCUCUUUCUCUCUCUCUUCCCUUCCCCCCUUAAAAAGUCAGCUCUUUGAUCCCUCUACCCAAGUGCCCCUUAAAGACCAGGCACUGCCCUGAAAUGAGAUUAGCAGUAGAAAAAUGGCACUGUCUGAUCCUCCUGGUUUCUAGUCUGAGUCCAGUCUUCUCCCUCCCACCCCAAAAUAGCAUCACAUCGCUGCAGCUGUGGAGAUCUGACUAUUGCUGAGAGAUUGGGUGUCCACCUCACACUCCACAGGGGGAACUACCUGUGACACCUAGUCAGAGAGACAAGAUCUUGUCCAUGCUGCCAAGCCUCUCACUGAGCCACCCCUGCCUGUGCUCUUGGUAUUAAAUAAUCUCUGAUACUCAUGUGGAUAAGCUACGAGAAGUAGGGGCCUCACCCCAAAGAGGGCAGCCACAGUUGGACCGGUGCUGUCUAGGAUUCAUGCCUGCUUCCUCCUCAUUUAUGGUGUGCCAGUUCCCUUCAGCUCUUCUCUGUAGUGUACAUGUGGUCUCCACACGCCUCAAGGUCAAAUAAACACAUACAGAGGGGUAAGAGGGUAUCCUCUGAAAUGAUCUCCAGGCUCCAAGAUGGGGGGAGGGGGGCUUAGUUUAAGGGAGCUGGGAGUUCAAACUGCAGAAGGGCUAGAGAAUUGGAUAUAGGUUUGAGGCCUCCUCGUCACUUACUACCACAUAUACACUAUCACUAUCCCAUUGUGUACUGAUGCCCCCCCCCCACCCAAGAUUCAGCUGGGCAGCUAGCUGGCCCCUAAUUCUGGGCCUUUGUCAUUUAUUACUAGGGCAUCCUAGGAAACUUUGCAGUGAUUCCCUACCAUGGCCCUCCCAGGCCUUGUCCCCAGCCCCUCCUGCCCCAGCCCACCCGCUUGCCUUGGUGCUCAGCCCUCCCACUGGGAGCAGGUUGGGGCAAGCUGGAGGCCCGGGCUGGAGGGGCAGUGUUGCUGUUCAUAGCUUUUGUUCCAUUGGCGUUGCUCUGUUGGAUUUAAUUUCAGUCUUCCUAUUCCUCCCUUCUGUAAAGUGUACAUUACCAAGUUCCUUGUUUUUUAUAUAUAUAUAUAAAUAUAUAUAUAUACAAACUGUACUCUUUUUGCCUUUGUACAUUCAGGCAAGAAGAGAAAAUAAAUCUUUUUAAGAGACAAUCACAAAUCUGUGAGGGCUGCUGGUUAUUUCUCCUGGAGUUUGCUGCUGAGCUGCUGCCUCCUCCCCUAGCUGUCCUGUUCCCUCAGCUUCCCUCUCUCUCUAGCCCUGCUCCAUGUGCACCCUCAGUUUUACCUUCCCUGGCUGACAGCAGCUGUUGAGUCCAGUGUGCAGACUACCUUCCCCUGGAGCCUUUCCCUGCCCAGCAUUUUUUUUCUGCCUCGGCCACUGGCUGAUCCUGUAUGCUGGCCUCUUCUUUUUACCCUUGGAUCCCAUUCACCAAAGUGGCUUUGGACCCUUGGGUACUCUGGGACCUGCCUCUCAGAGACCCUGGCUUUGGACAUUCAUUCAUCUAUGAAACUAUGCAGCUGGGAACUCUGCCUGAGAUUUUGCACUAAUUAAACCUGCCUGGGAGUUAGAAUGGAAGGCUUUUGGGAAAAUCACCCCCAGCACUCCACCCCACAAACCCCCCACCCAUCCUAGCCUCUGAAGUCUGCUGGUCCGGGAAUUACUCCUGGACUCCUGUGCUUUACCCUAUGGAGAUCAAGGGCUAAGGGUUUAUUGAUAGAUAAGAGCUUUUGAUGAGACUCUCAGAGUGGUAUCUUCUGAAACAGCCCAGCCAAACCAUGUUCAGCCUUUCUCUUUUCCUUACCUUUCUCCUUUCCCCUUUUGUCUCUACUUCCUUUUCUUAAUUGGCUUUGGAAUUGAAGUAUAUUUUUAAAUUAUUUGUUGUAUUUAUUGAAUAAAGUUUUUAAUGUCCCUGUUCUUA